CACGCAAAAUCUCUCCGGUUCCUCUCCCUGAGACAUGGGGCUCCACUGGGGAAAGAGUUGAGGUGGGGGGCUCAGCCCCCUGACCAGCCACUCCUCCCUGACCCACUGCUCAUCACGCCCCUUGAUACCCUGUCUGCUGUACACCCAACCGCAGCAAUCGGCAGGGAGUCGACAUGCAGUGCCCAUCCGAUAGCGAAAGCAGCAGCAGCAGCAGCGGAAUCGCAAGCAGUAUCAUCUCGAGUUGUGGGGACGGAGACACCGAUGGCGAGGAGAAGAUCUGUGCUGUGUGUGGAGACCGGGCCUCCGGUUACCACUUCCAUGUCAUGACCUGCGAAGGCUGCAAAGGCUUCUUUCGACGGACCAUCAUCAAAGGCGUCCAGUUCACCUGUCCCUUCAACCGCAGCUGCACCAUCACCAAAGCCAAGCGCCGACAGUGCCAAGCGUGUCGCUUCCAGAAAUGCCUGGAUGCGGGCAUGCGGAAAGACAUGAUCAUGUCAGAGAAGGCCUUGCAGCUGCGCCGGGCGGUGCGGCAGCAGAAGCAGCAUCCAGAACUGAGUCCCCCGGUGGGGUUGGAGCCACCCGAGGAGCCCAGAUUAACCACGGAGCAAGAGCAACUGAUUGAGAUCCUGAUGGAGGCACACAAGAAGCACUUUGAUUCCAGUUUUUCCCAAUUCAUCCACUAUCAGCCUCCAGUGCGCCUGUACAUCCACGGCCCGAAGUCUUGGAGCCCCCAGGACCCCGCCGCCCCUCCCCACUGCCCGCUUGGAACGCAAGACCACCUGGAGAGCUACCCGGAGGAGGUCCUCCCGGACGUCUUCUCCCUGCUGCCGCUCUUUGCCGACCUCAGCACCUUCAUGAUCCAGCAGGUCAUCCAGUUCGCCAAGGCCAUACCGACUUUUAGAAGUCUGCUGAUCGAAGAUCAGAUCUCGCUCCUCAAAGGGGCGACUCUUGAGAUCUGCCAGAUCCGGUUCAACACAGUCUUCAACGAAGAAACCAACGCGUGGGAGUGCGGUCAACACUGCUACACCAUCCAAGAUGGUGCCUUAUCUGGAUUCCAGCAGGUCUACCUGGAGCCGCUGCUGAAGUUUCACAUCAGUCUGAAGAAACUGAGGCUGCACGAGGCCGAAUACGUCUUGCUGCAAGCUUUGGUGCUGUUCUACCCAGACCACGUGGACGUCACCCAGAGAGACCAGAUUGACCAGACUCAAGAGAAAAUUGCCCUCACUCUGAAAAACUACAUUGACCAGCGGCACCCUUUGCCUGAAGGCAGGUUCCUCUACGCCAAACUUCUCUUGCUGCUGGCAGAGCUGCGGACGCUGAAAGUGGAGAACACGCGGCAGAUCCUUCACAUCGACCACAACAAGAAUUUCACCUCCAUGACGCCCCUGCUGUCGGAGAUUAUCAGCUGAAAGCCGGAGGCAGGAAGGUGGAUACUGGCUUCCUGCAUCUGGGAUAUCUACUGCUUGGGGAGCCACCUAGACUGAAAAGGGACCUCCUCCCUGGGACAUCUUGCUUGAGGCGAAUCCUCUGAUUUUAAAAUCCAAACGCUGGAGAUCGUUUGCAAAACGGGGCAACCUUAUCCUUAUUGCUUUGCGCUGGGGAUAUUGCACCAGAUCUGGAAUUUCUCCUGUCUGUUCUGAGCUGGGUGGUCUCCCCCCCAGCCGUGUAAUCCUCCUUCCCCCAUUAAUCCAAUAGCAGCCAAUCCAAUCCUUGCACUCGACCCCCACCCAGCUGAUCGCAGCUUAGCUGGGUGUCAUAUGAUCCACUCUUGUCUGAUCACUGAUCCUUUUCUAAGCCGCCCAGGGUAAGCCCUCGGGUUUUCUGAGGUCACUGAAGCACAAUCCGCCAUGCCCCCCCUCCCCGCCCCCACAAGCGAUGAGAAAUUCAGGGUUAUCUUUGCAAAAAAAAAAUUGUUGGCAAAGGAGAAACAGCUGUGUCUAUAUAGACACUGACAAACCGAGGAAGAUUUUUAUAAGAGGCGAGGGUGAUGGUGAAAAGUAAUGUGCCCGGGUAGUGCUGUCCCUACAUUUAACUGACUCGGCACCCUCCCAACCAAACCCCAGCAUACGGUUUGGGGCAACUCCUGAGAAAUCAUGAUUAAAUGCCUGAUGGGAUGAACACAUAAAGCAUUUUAGACCUGCGCUGCAAAUUCACACCUGGAAGAAGCCAUUUCCCCCCAAAACUCUCCACCACAUGGAUAGUCGAACUCUUGAGCUGGUGAACUGGAAGAGCCCAGUGAGGUUUAGUGAUUAAGAGCAGGUGGACUCUUAUCUGGAGAACUGGGUUUGAUUCUCAACUUCUACACGAGCGGCAGACUCUUAUGUGGUGAAUCAGACUUGUUUCCCCACUCCUACACACGAA